CACCCCCACCUUCAUCCCUCUUUUUAUACUGCCCGAGCUCGCCUGUGUUAGUGGGAGAGCAAGUUCUUCUUCUUCCAUCGUCUUCCUCCUUUAGCUAUGGAAGAUCUUAGGCCAAGUACUGCGAAUUCUCCCCCUCUCACUCCUUUGGGUUUUCUCGAUAGAGCUUCCACUGUCUAUGGUGACUGUACUUCUAUUAUUUAUAACCACACCACUUUCACUUGGUCCCAAACCCACCGCCGGUGUCUCCAAUUAGCUUCCUCUCUUUCCUCCACCGGAAUCCGUCGAGGUCAUGUCGUCUCCGUCGUCGCCCCCAACAUCCCUGCUAUGUAUGAACUCCAUUUCGCAGUUCCCUUCACCGGCGCCGUCCUCAACAACAUCAAUGCCCGCUUGGACGCUCGCACCAUCUCCGUCAUCCUCCGCCAUGGUGAAUCCAAACUUGUGUUCGUUGAUUGCGUCUCACGCGCUCUGGUUCUUGAGGCCAUCUCCUUGUUGCCUCGGGAGAUUCAACGGCCUACUCUUAUCCUCAUCACUGACGACUCAGUGGGACCCACAUCAUUGGAGGGAUUCUUCGACACCUACGAGGGGUUGCUGGCGAAGGGCAACCCGAAUUUCCAGUGGAUCCAACCUGAAAGUGAGUGGGAUCCGAUGAUCUUGAAUUACACGUCCGGUACAACUUCGGCUCCGAAGGGGGUGGUUCAUUGCCACCGAGGGACGUUCGUCAUCACGGUCGAUUCUCUGAUUGACUGGGCCGUUCCCAAACAACCGGUCUACCUGUGGACACUGAAUAUGUUCCACGCUAAUGGGUGGAGCUUCCCGUGGGGGAUGGCAGCCGUCGGAGGAACCAAUAUCUGCGUCCGAAAAUUCGAUGCCGCCACCGUGUUUAAGCUGAUCGAACGCCACGGCGUCACACACAUGUGCGGCGCACCGGUGGUGCUCAACAUGCUAACAAACUCCCCAACAAACAAACCUCUAAGAAGCCCAGUUCAAGUCCUCACGGCGGGAGCGCCGCCACCAGCAGCGGUGCUGCUUAGAACGGAAGCGUUAGGAUUUGUGGUGAGUCACGGGUAUGGGUUGACAGAAACCGGCGGAUUGAUGGUUUCGUGUGCGUGGAAGCCUGGGUGGAGCAGGCUGCCGGCGACGGAGAGGGCAAGGUUAAAGGCGAGGCAAGGUGUGAGAACAAUUGGGUUGGCGGAGAUGGACGUGGUGGAUCCGGAUUCGGGUAAAAGCGUGAAACGAGACGGGUCAACCCUUGGGGAAGUGGUUAUUCGGGGCGGAUGCAUCAUGUUGGGUUACUUGAAAGACCCAGAUGCAAACUCCAAAUGCCUCAAGAAUGGCUGGUUCUACACCGGAGAUGUUGGAGUUAUGCAUGCAGAUGGGUACUUAGAGAUUAAAGAUCGAUCCAAGGACGUGAUUAUAAGUGGGGGUGAGAAUCUGAGCAGCGUGGAGGUGGAAUCGGUUCUGUACAGCAACCCGGCGGUGAACGAGGCGGCGGUGGUGGCGAGGCCGGACGAGUUCUGGGGAGAGACGCCGUGCGCGUUCGUGAGCCUGAGGGAGGGAUUGGAGAAGAAGCCGACGGAGAAGGAGAUAAUGGAGUAUUGCAGAGAGAGGAUGCCACGCUUCAUGGUGCCCAAGACGGUGGUGUUCAAGGAGGAUCUUCCCAAAACAUCUACCGGUAAGAUUCAAAAGUACGUUCUGAGAAAGGAAGCCAAAGAUAUGGGAAGCUUGAAGCGCAGCAGAUUAUGAUGAUGAGAACAAGAUCGUUAACGGGUUGUCUGGCAAGAACUUUAAAAAAGUAUUUUUUUAACAAAAUAAGUUAAUCUUCUUCAGAAAGUUAUUUCGUAUAUUAUAAAAACAUUUCAAAUUAAAACUAUGAUCGGUUUCUAACUAUACAACCGUGGAGCAACAAAGAAGCCAGCAUGGGAUUGACUUGAACAGGAUAAGAUUUGAGGAUAAGAUUUGAUGUUAUAUAUGACGAGAAAUAUAAUAUAAUGGGGAAGGAUCCAGUGUGGGUACUAUCUAUGGCUAAGUUGCUCUUAUUCUUAUCUAAAUUUCUGGGAUGGAAUAAUUCUUUUUUUAUGCCUUUUGUUUUUUUUA